ACAUGUCUUAAUUUCUAAACGUCAAAAGCGAUUCCUAAAGGUUAGAGGGUAAACAUUAAACAUACAACGGAAAUAGUAUGAGGACAUAACCACGAAUAAAAUUUUAUAAUUGUUUUUAUAUAAAUCAUUUUUGUGUUGAGAGUAAUUAAUUAUAAUCAUUUGCAAUGGUGGUAACAACUAAAAUGUCUUUAAUACUAGCCUCUAUAAGUUCUGUAUUGAUAUUCUCUGGGAUGCAAAUGUUCAAGCCAUGGUUUAGUUCAUCACAAUUGCAUACUUUACUAGGAGGAUAUUUGGGAUCUCUUCUAUUCAUUUUAAUUUUGACAGGAUUGGGAAAUUUGGAAACCUGUAUCUUUGGCAAGUCCUUUCAAGUGAAAUUAUUUCCUGAAGUAUCACUCAGCUUGUUGGUGUCUCUGUUCGCCUCGGCAACCAUUCAUCGUGUCUGCGGAACAUCUUGUCUACUCAUAUCAUUGUGUGCUUUGUAUUACAUGAACCAAUACUCCCAGAAAGUUCAUACUAUUCAAAGUGUACCUGCUGUUGGUCAAAGUGGAAAAAAGAAGAAAAACAAUUCAUGAACCUGAAGUUUUCUCUUCUUGAUUCUCUGAAUGAAUUUUUCAAUUGAUUAUGUAAAUAUCAUUCCUAAUGAUUUUCAUUCAAAGUGUGAUCAUAAUCUUUUCUAUAAAAUAUAGUCAUUUUGAGUUUAGAA